AUGGUUACUCCUAAGCUUGUGUUGAUUCCGUGGGAUGCUGAGUCCCAGGCCCACCGCGACUGGCUCGUGAGGCAGCGAGUAGAAUGCGGCUGGCACAAGGAGCAGGUGGAAACAAAAUGGAAGGAACAGCAGCUCAAGGGUCAAAAGUGCAUUUUUUGGAUUGAAAAGCUCGAAGACACAGCCGCCACACUGAAUGCUGUCCCCCGCCAACCAACCAAAGAAAGCUUCUUUCCUAUCGGCCAUAUCUCACUCGACUCAUACAAUCCCGAAAUAGAGAAACUCAACUUAGAUAUACCCUCUGAGGGUGUAUUCUGGAUCAAAACAUUCUUUGUCAGCCAUAAAAUUCAAGGCCAGGGUAUUGGGCGAGCCGCCAUGGAUCACGUCGAAGACAUGGCAGUUCGGGAACCACUUUUGGCAAAGACACUGAUGCUUGAUACCGUGCAAAAGGACGAUCAGAUGAGAGAAGACUUUGCAAUUGCGACAUUCGGCAGUGUUCCAAAGUCUAGCAACCAGGAUUGGUACGAUCGACGAGGAUACCGCUUGAUUGAGACAAUUCAAAACUUCUAUGGAGUAGCUGACAGUACCGGGAAAGUCUGGGAUACCAAGACAGUUUUCAUGAGGAAGGACAUUGUUUAA